CCUGGUGACAUCACAUCCUCCCCAAAGAGUGGCAGAACCUCCCAAGCCAAGUGAGAAAAACCAUCUGAGCUGCUCUGCACCAGCCCCAAGCACAGGCACCCCAGGGGAAGAUGGACACGUCUCCUGCCCCGCUCCUGCUGCUCGCGCUGGCAUUCUGCUGCCCUGGGAUCUACGGCCAGAAACUUGAGGUGAAGGUCAGGUCUCCCAAGGACAUCGGGCAGCUCCGGGUGGGACAGAGGCUGGAGCUGGAGUGUCACACUGACAGGAGCCAUGGGGCAUCCUGGAUCCACCAGGACAGCAGUGGGACCCUUCACUUCAUUGUCUUCAUCAAUUCCCUGUCCAAGCCCACGUUUGAGGGGGGACAGAGAACGUCCACACGCUUUGAGACGAGCAAAGACAGCACGAUCUAUCGGCUGGCAGUGAAAUCCUUCACACCACAGGACCAGGGCAGCUAUUUCUGUGUGAAUCUCAACCAAAUGCUGCACUUCAGCCCUGGCCAGCCAGCCUUCCUCCCAGCCACCACCACAGUGGCACCCAGCACUCCAGCACCCACCAGCCAGGGCAGCACCACUGAGGAGCCCAACCUCACAUCUCCAGACCCAGGUGCACCUCAGGCCUGA